AUGCGUUUCAGGCGGGGCCCCGUGGUGCUCGGUUCGGCUGACAACGCUAUUAGACUUUCAUCGCAGCCCCGCCUCAUGUUGCAGGAGGCGCCACUGCAUCCCUCACGCCCAUCACGAUCCUACGCCCACGGUGAGCACCAGACCAACACCCGUCACGCCCAGACCCUCCCAGACCCACUCUGUCCAUCACCCAUACCCCCGACCCACGCCCCCGACCCACACCCCCGACCCACGCCCCCGGCCCCCGCCCUCAUCCCGUCCACUGGCACCAGCCCGCCUCACAGCCCCACCCACCUACACAUAACCACACAUACUUACAUAUAUCACACUGAACAAGACAUAUUUUCUCCCCGCCCACUUGCAAUCUGUGACGUGUGGCCCAUCCCAGCCCAGCCCAACACAGGACAGCCCAGCCCAGGCCAGGCGAGACCAGACCAGACCAACUCAUCCCAGUCCAGCCCAGCCCAGGCCAGACCAAACCAGACCAUCCCAGCCCAGCCUAACAGAGCCCAGACCAGACUAGGCCAUACCAGACCAGACCAGCCCAGCCCAAUACAGUCUUAUGUAGCCCAUUACCCAUCACCCAUGUAG